AGGUUUCUAAAUAAUUUUGGGAAAGAAGGAGGGUACAUCCGCCCAAAACCGUCCCGAUUUCCAUCCCUACUCAUAUUCAUAUGAUGUGCCUUAAAACAAUUUUCCCUAAAAUUACCUAUUGCAUAUGUGAGGAUGGAUUGCAUGAGCCCAAUAAUAAAUUAGGAAGUGUUUUAGCACCGCUAAAAAUAAAAAAUAAAAAUAAAUAAAUAAAUAAAAUCACAUAGUGUGGCAGGCAAGCCUUUGACAAUAAUGUACUCUUACAACUUUUAAAAUGAAAUAUUGGGCAAUAUAGUCUUUUUACUUUAAAUUUAUCGACGAAAGAAAAAUUCACAUAUAUAUUCUGAUAAAAAUUAUCUUCUCCUCCACCAAAAGGUUAAGUGUAAUAAAUUGAUAUGCAGUAGAGUUACGUGCAAUCAACCCAUGUUCGGCACCUUUACACGUGAUAGAAUCAACACAAACGUGUCUGAUCCAUUCUCUAAUUCUCGAGAAGGGGAGAGAUCGAGAGAAUCAUAGAGGAAGAAUCUCCGAUGGGAUUCGCCGGUGGAGCUACCACCGCGGACGGCGGCUAUUCAGAGUCAUCUCCGCUUCUCCCCACCAAUCCCAAUCCCCCCAAAGACUCCUUCCACUUGGCCUACACAAUCUACUUCACCCUCGGCGCAGGUUUCCUCCUCCCCUGGAACGCGUUCAUCACAGCCGUCGAUUACUUCUCCUACCUCUACCCCGACGCCGCCGUCGACCGCGUAUUCGCCGUCGCAUACAACCUCGUCGCCGUUGUCUGUGUCCUCUUCACAGUCGUCUACGCGCACAAGUCCAACUCCGUCCUUCGCAUCAAUGUCGGUCUCGGCCUCUUCUUGGUGGCCCUUCUCGUCGUUCCGAUCAUGGAUGUGUUCUACAUUAAGGGCCACGCUGGGCUGUAUGAUGGGUUCUACGUGACGGUGGCGGCGGUGGGGCUUUCGGGUUUCGCCGACGCGUUGGUGCAGGGUGGGAUUAUUGGGUCCGCCGGUGAGUUGCCCAAGAGGUAUAUGCAAGCUGUUAUUGCCGGGACCGCUGCUUCAGGAGUUCUUGCUUCAUUUCUAAGGAUCUUAACCAAAGCUGUAUAUUCACAAGACAGUCAUGGCCUGAGACAAAGUGCAAAUCUUUAUUUCGUCGUCAGUAUUGUCAUGAUGUUCAUAUGCAUUGCUUUCUACAACGCGUCUCAUAAACUUCCAGUUAUAAAGUACUAUAAAGACCUGAAGAGACAGACAGUUAGUGAAGAGACGAAAGAGAAAGGCGUCUUGACCGGCGCAUUAUGGAGAUGGACCUUGUGGGAGAUUGUUAUGAGAGUGAAGUGGUACGGAUUUGGGAUUUUCAUCAUCUAUGUUGUGACUUUGUGUAUAUUUCCCGGGUAUAUUACGGAGGACGUGCAUUCCCAGAUUCUCAAGGACUGGUACCCAAUCCUCCUUAUUACCGGUUACAAUGUGUUUGAUCUGGUUGGCAAAUCUCUGACUGCACUCUAUCUCCAUGAAAAUGCAAAGGUCGCAAUUGGUGCUUCUUUUGCUAGGUUGUUGUUUUUGCCCCUCUUCUUCGGUUGCCUGCAUGGUCGAGAAUUCUUCCGAACAGAGAUUCCGGUGACAGUACUGACUUGCCUUCUGGGCCUUACAAAUGGCUACUUCACCAGUGUGUUGAUGAUUUUGGCUCCCAAAACUGUGCAGAUGCAACGUUCAGAGACUGCAGGGAUUGUGAUUGUGUUGUUCUUACUUGUUGGUCUUGCCGUUGGUUCAGUUGUAUCUUGGUUUUGGGUAAUAUAGUACUUCUGCUUGCGUACUUUGAUAUCUUUGGCUCACACUGAGACCGUAACGCAAGCUACUCUGCUACCGGAA